CAGGCAAUGACGAGGCUCGAAUAACCGAUUCAGGCGUGGAGGAGCGUUGCAAGCGAAGAUUCCGCCGCCGCCGUCGGACGUGCAGUACGUGCUUGGCCCCCCAUGCAUCAUCGCAUGUCUGAUGCUUCACGGACAUGAUUGCCCGACGCACUGAUCCGCCAAAUCAUUCUGUGACUAUCCGCCCCGGCUAGCGACAGCUAAGGAAGCUAUGUGAUCCCGUAGGUUGAUAUUGAAUUGCCACGCUCCCGGGAAGUCGGUUGGGGACGCGGGAACAUUUUCAAGAAGCACUGUUUCAGGUGGUCUCUCAUCUUGUGACUAGGGAGGAGUUGGUGCCAACCUGCUUCAUGGGGUCCGUCUCGUGCGUAUAAAAGAAGGCGAUGGCAGAGGCAGUCUUCCCCAGCUCGCUCACAACGAACACACCACCAGAACUCCUUUACAACUCCUGUUAACGUCUUUCACGCUCGUAUCCCUGUAAUCAUGCAGUUCACCGUCCUCACUGCCGCCAUCGCCCUCCUCUUCUCCUCCACGGCUCUCGCCCAGUCAUCCGUGACGGUCGCCUAUGACCAGACGUACGACAACUCGGCCCAGUCGCUUUCGACCGUCGCCUGCUCGGACGGCACGAACGGCCUCCUCACCAAGGGCUACACCACCUUUGGCUCGCUGCCCGACUUCCCGUACAUCGGCGCGGCCGCGGCGGUGACCGGAUGGAACUCUGCAGAGUGUGGGACGUGCUGGCAGCUGUCGUACGAUGGCAAUACUAUCAAUGUCCUCGCGAUCGACCAUGCCGGGUCGGGCUUUAACAUUGCGCUGGAGGCGAUGAACGCGUUGACGGAUAACGAGGCGGUGGCAUUGGGGAGGGUCACUGCGACGGCGACCCAGGUCGAUGCGUCGGUGUGUGGACUGUGAGCUUUCUCUGAUGGAGCACGUCUGGAAUGACGACGCUGCUGGUUCGACCAUUUGCACUAGGUUCUUGCUAAAGCUGACGAUGUUACGAACUCUCACGGAC